AUGCCAGGAAUUGGCAAGACGACUUUGGCUUUCAAAGUAUAUAUUGAUCCUGCAGUUGUUUGCUACUUCCAUAUUCGUGCAUGGUGUUGUGUUUCACAAGCAUACAGUAGAAGAAGUUUGUUGCUCGAUAUUCUAAGACACAUUAUUGAGCUUAAUGAUACCAUCCUUGCCAUGAGCAAUGAAGAUUUGGACUUGGUGCUGUAUAAACAUUUGAAGAAAAAUCGUUAUCUCAUCUUUAUGGAUGAUAUGUGGAGCAUUAGGGCGUGGGAUGACUUCAAGAUCUCAUUUCUAGAUGAUGGAAAUGGAAGUAGGAUUCUGAUGACAAGUCGUCUUUGCGAUGUGGUCUCAAAAGUAACACCUGAAUGCAAUCUUCUUGAUCUUCGUCUACUCUCUGAUGAUGAAAGCUGGGAGUUACUAAAGUUGAAGAUAUUUCAUCAGGAAAGCUAUCCUGAAGAACUAUUUGAAGUUGGAAAAGAAAUUGCUAGAAAUUGCAAGGGACUUCCUCUUUCUGUUGUUGCAAUAGCUGGUAUUCUUAACAGUACAAGCAAGGAAUAUGAAUCGUGGAAACAAAUUGCAGAAAGCUUGGACUCAUUGAUAGUUGGUGAUCAACAAUCUCGCUGCAUGGACAUCUUAGAACUGAGUUACAAGAAUUUGCCGGAUGAUUUGAAAGCAUGUUUCCUUUACUUUGCAGCGGUUUAUACAGAAAGAAGCUUCGAACAGCUUAGAGGGUCUUGCCGAGAAUUACCUGAUGGAUUUGAUUGGUAG